AUGUGAGUGGCCUUUGGUUUCUUCCCUGCCCCUCCCUCCCUCCUGCGCCGCGCCCUGCUGCAUGCAUGUCUUGGAUCCUUCCGCUCGCCUUGGUCCCUUGCUGAGAUUCCCGCUGCGCACAUUCACGGGCGCUUAAAAGUCCCUUCCCCUGCCUUGCGUCGCGAGCUCGUCCCAGCUCUGCGCUCGCUGAAAUCCCCGUGGAUUUUGGGUACUGUAUGUAAAUCUUUUUUUUUGCUCUCAGUAAAAAAAAUCCCGGCUUUCGGUCCAGUUCUUGGGGAAAUUUUGCACUCUUCCGGGUUCUUGAUUCGCUCCGGUUCUUAAUCUCCUCCUCCUCCCACCCUGCAUUCCCCCCCUUGACGUCCUCCGCAUUCUGUUUGUGAGGAUUUUUGUAUUCUGCGCUUCUUUUUCUGAUUUAAUCGAUGCUCAAUCUCAAUCUGCGUUGCUUGUUUCUUUGGCGCUCUGGAUUGCAGCAGGUUGGUAGGCGCCUAAUCGCAUCCGGACCGCCGCAAUGAUGAGCUUCAAGAACCACCACGAGGGAUUCACGGGGCAGCACCUGGUUGCCGCCGCCGCCGCCAGCCAGGCCUCCGGUGGGGCGCCGCUGCCGUGGUGGGUGGGGUCCCAGCUGCUGUACGGCGAGCCGAUGGGCCACGGGAAGGCGCCGCCGGCCGUGCCCGUGUCCAUGUCGCCGCCGCAGGAUGCCUGCCGGGACGGCCAGUUCCAGGUCGUGCCCAGGGGGGGCCAGCCGCUGCUGGACGCCGUUCCGUUGCCGCCGCAGCCGAUGCCGGAGAGGGGCAUCCCUGAAGCUCUCAAGUUCUCCAUGGCUCAUGGUAAAGGAGGGAACAGUUCUGAGCACUCUGCCCCUAUCACUCUGCAGUCACCGUUCACAGAAUAUAAUGACCAUUUUGAGUUGGGCCUUGGGCAAUCCGUGAUUUCCUCCAGUUACUACUCUGAUCAGCAGUACGGCCUACUUUCUUCUUAUGCAAUGAGAUCAGCGUAUAGCGGGCGUAUGCUUAUACCACUGAAUAUGCCUGCUGAUGCACCGGUUUAUGUGAACGCCAAGCAAUAUGAAGGCAUCCUUCGUCGCCGUCGUGCUCGCGCUAAGGCAGAGAAGGAGAACAGGCUGGUCAAGGCCAGAAAGCCAUAUCUUCACGAGUCACGCCAUCUUCAUGCAAUGCGCCGUGCGAGAGGCUCUGGUGGACGCUUCCUCAACACUAAGAAAGAGACCAAUGGAAAAGACACUGGUGUUGGGAGCACGGCGAUGGGUGGUAACCAGUUUAUGCGCCCAACUGCAUCUCUCAGUUCAGAGAUCCAGCACUCUGAGCAGGGAAACCCAAGCAGUGUCUCCAGCCUGUCUGGCUCAGAGGUGACAAGCUUGUAUGAUCAUGAAGAUGUGGACCACUACCACAACUUUGAGCACCUCCGCACACACUUCUUCACCCCGCUCCCGAGCAUCAUGGACGGUGAGCAUGGGGCCGGCAACCCCUUCAAGUGGGCAGCAGCCUCCGAUGGCUGCUGCAACCUCCUCAAAGCAUGACUUGAGGGGGUACCGGACAGCUGAAAUAUCAAGAGAUGGCGCAAACCGGCAGCAUCUGCCGGCAUUGUGUCUAGCUCCAGGUCAGGGAUCGUCCCUGCCGUCAUCUGGCUGUCCGUGGGCAAUUCAUUCUUGGCUCAUGGCAUCGGUAGUGCUUUCGCUCAUCGCCUACUUGUCCUCGGAACCUGAGUGCUAGUUUCCAGGAUCCUGUGGUGAGUGAAACACCCCCUUUGCCAUAAAAAAUAUAUUAUCUAGGUAAGUACAACUGCCUGCUACCAUCAUCCGGCCCUUUCGCGGUAGCAGGUUUAAAGUUUCUGUUUGAAUAAAAUGUCUGAAACUUCAGACUAGUUGGAAUGGUACUGGAAUCGGAGUUCGUAUGAAGUAUUGGUAUGGCGUUUGUUUGGAGAAGUAUUGAAGUAUGUUAAGUAAACUUGGUGAUGUGUUGUAAUAGUUGGCUUGAAGGUUCUGUGUGUAGACUUGGUUUGUUUGCACUCUCUGGUGUUGACACCUAAAUUCAGUGAUGUAUUGAGACUUGGCAUGGUUUGUGAA